AUGGGGACCAACCUGGGAGGAUGGUCACUGUUACUAUUGCUGUUGGGCCUGGUGAUCCCUCCAGCCUCCACCCAGGCCCUUAGCUACGAGAAGGCCAUACUCCGUGCUGUGGAUGCCUUCAACGAAGAUUCCUCAGACCCCAACCUCUACCGCUUCCUGGAGCUGGAUCAGGAGCCCACGGGAGAUGAGGACCCCAACAUCCCACAGCCCGUCAGCUUCCUGGUGAAGGAGACGGUCUGUUCCAAGACAGUGCAGAUGCCACUGCAGCAAUGUGACUUCAAAGAGGAUGGGCUGGUGCAACGGUGUAUGGGGACAGUCAUCCUGGACCAGGUCACAGGGUCCUUCGACAUCAACUGUGAAAAGCUGCAGCAAGUGGGCCUGGGAGGAUUCCUCAAGAGAGGCGCGCAGAAGAUCCGCAGAAGACUGGGGAGAAUUGGUCGGAGAAUCAAGGAUUUCCUUCGAAAUCUUCGGCCAAGACAAGUGAGACUUGAUGAGACUCUGGAGUCUAAAAAAUAAAUUCUUAGGAAAGCAAUCUCCUCCAGGCUUUGAUUUCACUUGUCUUGAUUUUCUCACAUAUUACUAUUAACUAUU